AUGUUUGCGCGAACAGUAGCUUCAUCCCUCCGACAAGUCGCCCGGCCUGUCGCCGUCCGCUCAACAGCUCCUCUCUUCCGCACACCAAUUUCCCCCCUCACACCCUUCCAAGCCCGUCUGCUCUCCGACCAAACCCGCUCCGCAAUCGAUAAAGCCGUAGCUUCAGCACCCGUCGUGCUCUUCAUGAAGGGAACGCCUGAGACGCCGCAGUGCGGCUUUUCGCGCGCCGCAAUCCAGAUCCUCGGCCUCCAGGGCGUCAACCCCGAUAAAUUCGCCGCCUUUAACGUCCUCGAGGAUCCCGAGCUGCGCGAGGGUAUCAAGGAGUACUCUGACUGGCCCACGAUUCCUCAGCUCUACGUCGCGAAGGAGUUUAUCGGUGGAACGGAUAUUCUGGUUUCGAUGCAUCAGAAUGGUGAUCUGGCGAAGCUGUUUGAUGAGAAGAAGGUUAUUCUGGAGGGAGAGCCUGAACAGAAGGAAUAG